CAAGUUAGAUCAAACAAACGAAGUAAUCAAUAAUACUAUAAAUGAAGAAGUCAACAAUACUAUAAACAAUGAAAUCAAUGAUACUAUGCUUGAUACUUUUCUGGAAAAAAUCAGUAAUGAUUAUCAAAAUGGUGGCCCACAAUUCCGUGCAACAUUGGAUAAAUUUUCCAAACAAUAUCACGCAUCAAAGGCACUUUCAUUUGUCUGA